GUUCGUGCUUGGCGCGGUCGUGUUCGGUGUGCAUCCCGAGCGCUGCGUCGUGGGCGGUAUGUCUCGGGCGAAUGGGGACGCGCGUGGGGGCACGGAGGGAGCCGGCACUGCUGCUCCCGGCCCCUUCAGCUUCAGUCCGGAGCCCACGCUCGAGGACAUCCGCCGCCUCCAUGCUGAGUUUGCUGCUGAACGAGACUGGGGCCAGUUCCACCAGCCUCGGAACCUCCUCCUGGCCUUGGUGGGGGAAGUGGGGGAGCUGGCAGAACUCUUUCAGUGGAAGCCAGAUGAAGAACCUGGCCCCCAAGCCUGGCCCCCCAAGGAACGGGCAGCCCUUCAGGAGGAGCUUAGUGACGUCCUCAUCUACCUGGUAGCGUUAGCAGCCCGCUGCCACGUGGAUCUGCCCCGAGCAGUGCUCUCCAAGAUGGACCUCAACCACCGGCGCUACCCAGCACAUCUGUCUCGCGGCUCUGCCCUCAAGUACACAGACUUGCCCCAUGGGGCCACCUCUGAAGACCAAGCUGUGGGGGCUGUAGACCAUGACCGUGAGUCCACAGGCCAGGCCUCAACCUAGAAACAUGGGCACAGGACUUUGCAACCCAGCAUGGCAUCUGAGAAGCAGAGUAUGGCCUGGCCAUGGAAAUUUGUUCUAGUCCUUUCCUAAUGGAUCAGGGACCUGCGGACUUCCUAAGGCCUGCGGCCCGAAAACCUCCAGACAGCCUCCUGUUAUUUUUUUCGCUCUCAUUAAAAGUUUUGGUUAGCAACUUCUAGAUUCUUCCUGGAGUGACUGGGGAGGCUCUAUCUCAGCAGGUACUAGAGAGGGGCACCAGGGAUGCCUCUGAGCCCAGCUGCCAUGUUUCUCAAGGGUACCUCCCACCUACAGGGCAGAGAGAUCAGAUUUCCAGCAAGAUCCUGGUGUGGUGUCAUGCAAUUCCCUUACCCCUUCUGGACUUCUACAGGGGACUGGAAUCUGUAUGUAGCGUUGGAUAAGGGCCCAGAUUCUGGAGCCAGGCUGUCUGGGUUCAGAUGCUGUCGUUUGAUACUUAGGAGCUGGAUGAUGUUCAUCAAAUUACUUCAUCUUUCUGCGCCUUCGUUUCCUCAUCUAAAAUGAAAAUAAUGGUAUCUGUCUUA